AUGCAGGCUGCAGAGACGCAUCCUGAACUCAACAGUUCAAACUACCGCAAUCUCGACUUCAAGAUCACCUGGACGACAGACGAGGGUCCCCCAAUCACUCUGUGGCUGGUGGCGUCUAGUCUGCAGGAGAAGGAGGCCUGGUGCUCCGACAUCAGUCAGGUUGGAAUCAGCAGCAUUUUAUGGGUUAUUUUUAGGAAGUAUGUAAUCAAGUAUGAUGUUAUAAGGUACAAGUAACUUUCAAUGCCGGCGAAUACCUAUGCACUGUUUUCGAUAUAAAACUUCUUGUCCGACGCAUAUACAUAUAGUAUGUUAUCACCGACAAAGACAAGGGAGCCUGGAAUGGCCAUUUCUGGCGUGUCAGCCGUCGUCAGCCAUGUCAGGGUAGGAUUGGCUGACGACGGCUGACAAGCCAGAAAUGGCCAUUCCAGUCUCCCUUGUUUUUGUCGGUAAUGGCACUCUGCCUAUAUCAUGCGCCGCUGUGCGGCUGCUGGUAGAGCUCGAGAGAGAGAGCCUGUAAGGCACAACGGAACGAGUGAGUUCCAUAAGAACGAUCGGUGAGCGCCCCCUACCAUUAUACAUAUAUGUAUAGGACAAGUUUUUUUAAUUUUCACUUUGAACAUCGGUCUAUUCGAGAUUUAUAGGCUCAGACUGAAAUUCGAUAUGAAUAUUUGGGCCAAAGUCCGUUAGCCACAACGAAAUAACCGCGUAACAUUCACGAACUUCCAACGGGCAGCCAGCAAUACAUGCAUAAGUUGGAAUAUAUAGCAUAAUUGACAGCACAGGUGUUAGCUAAACGCUCAGUCACGUGUUUCGCGGAUAUUCUGUCGUUGCAUGACACAUAUGCGAGUGGUUCGGCUUGUCAGUGGAUCACCAGUUUUCCUCGCAUGAUCUCUGGUAGAUACCCAAGUUAGUGAUUAAGUCCUAGGGAAAUUAAAAAGCUGCAAUUUCAAAAUGGAAGUGUCUACUAGAAUGCACUACAAUCACUUCAGUAUCGUCCGAGCUGUUAAUCCAUACUAGGCAACACAUAAUUGCAUUGUGUAGCCACGGCACUGCUUGCGACACGGCGAACCACGACCGAGGCUUCUAACACCUCCAACGCCGGCGCACUGACCCCUGACCUCAUCUCACAUCAAUGACGCAUUCCCACUGAUCCACAAUUCCUCCGCUCCUCCUCCUCUUCCAGCAGAGAGGGCCCUAAUCCUUUUCCCUUUCCUUCCCCGCCCCAAAACUUACCACAACUAGGUGCCCACAUCUCUCACUCACCAGCUAUUUGCCUGUCGCUGUCUUUCCCAUCGCGCCAACUUAUCUAGCCUGCCGAUCUCACUUUCUCCCCUGCCCAUUUCGCCUGACGACGAGUCGGCGUUACCAACUUGAAAAUUCACGAGUACAACUUGAUUUUCUGAAUAUAUACAUAUAUGUCAUUACCAUUUUAGUGCAUUGAACAGCUGCACUAUAGUGAUGUCUUCAGUACGACCUACUCGGAGGUCUCAUCGAUAUCCAUGCCCUUCUCAGUGCGGUGAGUGUCACCUUCCAGUAUUUUCCUCCCCCAUCGUGAACACGUGUUUCUUAGCUGCAUCCGGUUGCUUGCCUUAUAGGGCCGAUCCCAAGCUCUUCCGAGACGAUGCAAACAUCAAGUAUCAAGCAACGGUGAAUUCCUGCAAGAUGCCCCAGGUGAGUCCGUCGACCGAUAACAUAGUCCUACUAGAGAUAAGGGGCUGUAAAAAUUCUAUCUUUUAAAGCCUUGACCUCAACUCUCAAGUAUGCCCCUGACUGCGAGGGGCUGGAUGUGAGGCUGAGACGCUAGCAUGCGGGGCGUUCAAAGUUGACGAAAUAGCUGUAAACCAGUAGAGGAAGCAAGACCUGUCGGCAGUAACAGCCGCAAGGUGUCACUACUAUGGCCAAAUUAGCGAUCAAACGCAUCAUCUUUCAUAGCGCACAUUGUGACAAAGCAAUAUCUUCUGAUACGCCCAUUGUUUUAUACCUCACUCUAUCUAACUUUCGCUUUUUGCCUGAGGUGCGUCAUGGGACCUUGGGACGCCUGCUGGACCGCCUCCUUGAUCCACGUUUCCAAUCAAUUGAUUUCCUCAACACAUUCCUGCUCACCUAUCGAGUCUUUACCACCGGCGCAACUGUGAUCGCUGCGCUUCGCUGCGUCCUCAGAAACCCAAACCUGCGUCUGAGUGGCAUGAAGAUCGACUCUGACCUCAUGCAGGCUCUGUUAGAAGAGACGUAAGUAUAAUGAGUGCGUGUGCCACUCUCUUCCUUCUGCUCCUCCUCCCCCUCCUCCUCCUCCUCUUUCUCUUCCUUCUCCACAUCCUCCUCCCCUCCUCUUCCUACUGCGUCUGAGUGGCAUGAAAAUCGACUCCGAACUCAUGCAGGCUCUGUUAGAGGAUACAUAAGUACAAUGAGUGCGUGUGCCACCUUCCUUCUCCUCUUCCUCCUCCCCCUCCUCCCCCUCCUCCUCCUCCUCUUCCUCUUCCUCCUCCCCUCCACCUCCUCUUCCCCUCCUCCUCCUCCUCCUCUCCCUCCUCCUCCUGCUCCUCCCCUUCUUCUCUUUCUUCUCUCUUCCUCCUUCUUUUCCUCCUCCUCCUCCUCAUUAUCUUCCUCCUCCUCUACCUCCUCCUUCCUCUCUGUGUCUGAGUAG